AUGGCGAUUUCCACGCGACAUGUUCAGCGCCGGCUACUCGAGUCCGCGAGCCAGUGCAGAUCUCCCAUUUGCAGACGAUCCUUUGCGGGCAAGCGUUUCUACGCCACAGAGAAGAAGGGCGAAGAGAGGGAGACGUUCAAGGGUCAGCUAUACCAAAGUACGCACGAGCGUGUGCAGAGAGAAAAGGAAGAGCAGGCCAGAUUUGCAGCACAGCGGGAAGAGCAGAAGGCCGCUUCGAGCAGUGGCGCAUGGUUCAUACCAGUUGUAGGCGCUCUCGGCGGCUGGUUCAUAGGUAAACAAUCUCCGGCAGAAGCAUCCCCCAGAUCUACACUUCCACUCUCGGCAACCAAGACACCUCGACAUGAUACCUCGCCGGCGACAUUACAGGCGGCGUGGAGCGAUUUUGUAUCCAUCGUUGGAGAGGAGAACGUGUCAACACGGGAAUCAGACCUGAAAUCGCAUGCGGGCAGCGAAUGGAGCUCUUACUACACCCAAGAUGAGGAGGUUCCGUUCGCAGUGGUCAAGCCUGGCAGCACGGAGGAGACGUCUGAGAUUAUGAAGAUAUGCCACAAGCGCAGGAUACCAGUUGUGGGCUACAGCGGUGGAACCUCAUUAGAAGGCCAUUUCGCAUCCACCCGAGGUGGGAUCUGCAUCGAUUUUAGCCGGAUGGACAAGAUUCUCACCCUGCACAAGGACGAUUUGGACGUUGUCGUACAGCCUGCUGUUGGAUGGGAACUGCUUAACGAGGAACUCGCCGAACAAGGACUCUUCUUCCCACCAGACCCGGGUCCGGGUGCUAUGAUUGGUGGCAUGGUCGGUACAGGCUGCUCUGGAACCAAUGCAUAUCGAUAUGGUACGAUGAAGGACUGGGUUCUGUCUCUCACGGUCGUCAUGGCUGAUGGAACCAUCGUAAAGACGAAGCAAAGACCUCGGAAAAGCAGCGCUGGAUAUGAUUUGACGCGAAUGUUCGUUGGAUCAGAAGGAACACUCGGCCUGGUCACAGAGGCGACGCUGAAAGUCACACCAAAGCCACAAACCACUAACGUGGCAGUGUGCACCUUCCCCUCGAUACGAACAGCAGCAGAUUGUGUCUCUCGCGUCGUCGGUGCUGGCGUUCCCAUCGCAGCUAUCGAAAUAUUGGAUGAUGUUCAAAUGCGAUGUAUCAACCAGGCUGGACAGACAUCAAGGUCUUGGCAGGAGGCUCCUACCCUGUUCUUCAAGUUUGCAGGCACGCCUUCCAGCGUCAAGGAGCACGUCAGCAUCGUGAAGGAUCUGGCCAAGAAGACUGGUAGUAAGAGCUUCGAAUUUGCUAGGAACAAGGAAGAACAAGACGAACUUUGGUCCGCUCGGAAGGAAGCAUUGUGGAGUGUCAUGGCCCAGAAAAAGGAUGAAGGCGACCACGUGUGGACCACAGACGUUGCCGUCCCGAUCUCAAGACUUCCUGACAUAAUUGAAGAAACCAAGGAGGAUCUUGAUAAGAGCGGUCUUAUCGGCUCCAUCGUUGGCCACGUAGGCGACGGCAACUUCCACGCUAUCAUUCUCUACAACGACAAAGAGCACUCGGUUGCUGAAGAAGUGGUACACAAGAUGGUCAAACGUGCAAUCGAGAUGGAGGGCACGGCAACGGGCGAGCAUGGCGUUGGUUUAGUCAAGAGAGACUACCUUCCGCAUGAAAUUGGCGAGUCAGCAGUGGACCUGAUGAGAAAGGUAAGUGCAUAUUUCUCACUUCCUUCUGCCCUAUGCUGGAGAUACCUGCACACGCACACCAAGCAACUGCAUGACAUCGAAUGCCGGCUGCCUCGGAUAGCGCUGUCGCAUGGGAAGCUUGAGCUUCUCGCUAACACAUGCUCGAACAAUGGCGGCGCGCUUAUUCGCUUUCGCCGGGGCGGCUGGCUCGGAUCAUGA